AUGGAGGAUGCCACUAUGGGCCGCUAUGGCCUGGAACAUGCUUUACCGUGGAACCCCUUGUCACAGCGGAGUGAGAUGGCACCACCCAGCCCGGGCCCAUCGCUCAGCCUCCCUCCGCCCUACCACUCCCUCCCCCGCCUCCUACACCCGCGCCACCGCCUGCCGCUCCGCCGCCUCCUCGCGGCGCACGCGCUCGCCGCCGUCGCGGGCCACCUCUCCCUCCCGGACCCGCGCCCCCACACCCUCAUCCUCGCCGCCUACUCCCGCCUCGCGCACGCCUCGCCGUCCGCUCUCCUCCUCCUCUUCCGCUCCUCCCUCCGCCUCUCCGUCGCCCCCACCCGCCACACCCUCCCGCUCGCCGUCUCCGCGGCCUCCUCCGCGGGCCGCCGCCACCUCCCGCUCGCACUCUCCCUCCACGCCGUCGCGGUCGCCCGCAACCUCCUCCCGUCCCCGCACGUCGCCAACGCGCUCGUCUCCCUGUACGCCCGGCACGCGCUCCCGGACGCCGCGCGCAGGGUGUUCGAGGAAAUGCCCUCCGCCCCGGACGUCGUCUCCUACAACGCGCUCGUGCACGCGUACGUGAACGCAGGGCGGGUGGGCGUCGCGCGGGAGCUGUUCGAGGGGAUGCCCGUGCGGGAUGCCGUGUCCUGGGGAACGGUCGUCUCUGGGUGCGCCAAGGCUGGUUGGCUGGAGGAGGCAGUGGGGCUGUUUGACAGGAUGAGGGAAGAGAACUUCAGGCCCGACGAUGUCACUCUGGCCGCGGUGCUGUCAUGCUGUGCACAACUGGGGGCGCUGGACAAGGGGCAGGAGGUGCAUGAGUAUGUCAGGCAGACCAGGCCCCACCCCAACGUGUUCUUGUGCACGGGGCUCGUUGAUCUCUACGCAAAGUGCGGUCGCGUCGAGGCUGCUAAGGAGGUGUUCCAUGCAUGCCCCGAGAGGAACGUGUUCACGUGUAAUGCGCUCAUUGUUGGGCUGGCGAUGCACGGCCAUGGCACGGUAGCGCUGGAGUACUUCCACCAGAUGCUGGCUGAUGGAAUUCAGCCAGACGGGGUCACUUUCUUGGGGGUCCUGAUCGCUUGCAGCCACACUGGCCUGGUGGACAUGGCAAGGCGCAUAUUUUCGGACAUGGAGGACAUGCACGAUGUGCCCCGGGAACUGAAACACUAUGGGUGCAUGGCUGACCUGUUGGGUCGUGCUGGACUCAUUGAAGAAGCCAUGGACAUGAUCAGGAAGAUGCCUAUGGAAGGAGACAGUUAUGUGUGGGGAGGUAUACUUGCUGGAUGUAGAAUGCAUCGGAAUGUGGAGGCAGCGGAGGUUGCAGCCCGGCAUUUGUUGCAACUGAACCCUGAUGAUAGUGGGGUGUACUCUGCCAUGGCUGGGAUCUAUGCAGAUGCUGGUAGGUGGGAGGAUGUAGCGAGGAUCAGGAAGUUGAUGGACGAAAGGAUUAGCAGGAGAAAUGCUGGCUGCAGUUCAAUUACAACAGAGCUCAAAUAUGGUGCCCCUAUUCUGAGCUGAUUGCCGUGGGAUAUAUGUACCAGAAUUCACUAAUUCAGAAACAUUGAAAGUAGAGAGUAGUUUAGAAAGAGGACCGGUGCGAAUUGCAAUGAUAAGACUCACGAAGACUCAAGGUACAUACUUUUUAGUGUGAGAAAUUCAGAUAUAUUUCGGGAUUUGUUAUCGAUAUACCUUGAGCUCCUAGUGAUACCAACUCUCACUGCUCUGCAAGUCUGCAGGUGCAGGCUUGGUCAUCUUGCAGUUUCACGCACAAUAUGUGGUUUCUCUCAUUCAUGAAAUUGCAGAUCCAUGAACUUUGUGGCAACUGCAUUUUAUUGUCAAAUUAGUCUCUUUCUGACGCCAACAAAGGAAGUUCAUGAAUGAAGUGAAGAGGAUAUGUGGAAAAAUUCCUGGCACAGUGGAACUAAGUUUCUCUCGCUGCUAGCGGAUCCUUCAUGGUAUAUUUCUCAGGAAUUCAAUCUGAAAGCUGAGUGUUGCUCAGACCCUGUGCAGCAAAUUAUCCACUGGACAAAGAAACCAUCAGGAUUACUUGUUCUGAUGCUGAUUUUUGCCCAUGAUUAACGAUGCAGUUGGUGUGGUGGUGGUGGGUUAACUUCGAUGUACCAGGCUAAUUUACUCUCUGGCUAUCUCAUUUAAGACUGAUAGGAGCAGUGCCCCCGUGGAGUGCCGCGACCAGUGGAUAAGUACCUCCGCAGGACAUCAGUCGCGGACCGAUCACUGCUGAUGAGGAAAAAACCAUGUCUUUGCAAAUGUAGUAUAGAACACUGGAAGACAUGUCCCGUGAAUGGGGAUAUCAUGUAAACGGAUUAUGAACUAUAUAUGAGCAUAUUCCUUCUUAGCCUAUAAUUGGUCGAACUAUUAUUACUGACAGUGAAAGGACUGGUACAACCAUUGGUAGCUGCGGCUAAAUCUUGCUCACGCUAGCGGCGGAUCUGAUGCAAUAUGUUCCUCAGGAGUUGAACAUGAAAGUUUUGUGCAGCUCAGACUGCAAAUUUCACAUUUUAUCUCAGAAAAUUAUCCGCUGGAGACAAGAAACAAUCAGGUUUACUUGUCCUGCCGCUGCUAAUGCCAGUUGGUACGGCCUGUUCGUUUGUAUGUACCAGGGCUAAGACAGUCUCUGGCUCGUCUUGUUUAAGACUGGUGUAUGAGUUCCUACUGAAGGAAGUGGCUUGAUGUCUGUCU